GUCGAGAGUGUGGCAUCAUGUGACGCAGAGUCAGAGGAUGGGGACGUGGGAGAAGAGGCAUAGGGAUUACAAGCUGCGCUGCAAUUACUGCAAACAUGUAUGGGAGGGCACUUUGUUUAAAGCUUUGCGCCACUUCACGCAGUUCAAGAGGCAGCAACGACGGACGUGUUGUGGAUAUUUGGAACCACACAAAGGACGAGUUCGAUCAACGUCAUCACCGCGGUAUCUUGGCGUACAUGAGGGAGCACGAUAUCGCGGAUAGACGAGCCGUGGACGUCCAUCGAGGCAGUGGCCGGGGCAGGACGGGUGGGACACAGUCGCGACCACAGGAGUGUGAUCCUAUGGAGGAGGUGCAGGAGUUCCUUGACGAGGAGGCCAGGCGAGCAGAGGCCGGGGGCGUUGAGGAGGGUGAAGGGACAGGCACAACACCAAAUUUGUCGGGAGAGGAGGUGGUUAUGACUGCGCGAGGGAGCAGUGUCACUGACCAUCACGAGGGGGACGCACGGGGCCGAGCGGGCAAGAGGCCAGUGGAGAGUGGAGUUGAGGGCGUGCCGCAGGCGCGCAAGAGACAGGGGCAGUCUAGACUUGACGAGGUGUAUGAUCCGGAUGGGCGGGCCGGAUUCAGGGACACAUUUUUGCAGUGGGUCUACGAUUCCGGUAUCCGAUUUGCUGCAUUCAGGAGGCAGUCAUGGCUUCGGCACAAGAAUCAGUUGGCCGCCAUGCCUCGCGGAGUCCGGCCAAUUUAUCCAUCGUUCAAGGACAUUGGGGGCGACGGUAUUGUAGAUCAGCGAGGGAAGGUCAUCCGGUGCGCCGAUUUCUGGCGCAACGUUCACCACGCAGUCGCUGUCAUGACCCCUGUCCACCAGCGGUUGAGGAGAUUGGACAGGGGCGGCAUGAUCAUGUCCACGAUUUACUCAUGGUCGCAGGAGUUGGUACGCCAGGUGGCUGUUUCUGACGUCCCAGAUGACAUGCAUGGGCCGUGCGUGGAGGCGGUGCAGAUCCGCACCAUGCAUAUGCUUGAGCCUGCGCACGUUGCGGCGCACCUGCUCAACCCCCGCAAAUGCUCUCUCCGUUACUACGAGUCCGUCCACAGGACAGCUGCGGACCUCGAGGUGGUUACCGAGUGCGAUUCGUUUCUGUUAGCGCAAACAGGCGGUGAUCCGGUGGGGGAUACAUACUUGCAGGUGCGGGAGCAGAUGCGGUCUUUCCACACUAGGAUCGGCCACACAACAGACAGGGUGACGAGGGACGCUGAGGCGGAGGCCUGUAUCGGGGAUGAGGAGACGAGCAGCGAGCGGAGUGGGGGGUACGUUCUUCCGUGGUGUCACAUGGCGACCCUGGCUGAGGCGCAGCCAGAGGAGUACACACACCUGGUGGUCGACGACGAGGAUGAGGAGGACGAGCCUGAGCCAGAGGAGUGGGGAGCCAGAGCUCAGUCAGCAGUUUCGGCACAUGAGAUCAUUGCACAGGUUCGUCGCUUCCAGCAGCAGGGUGCUCAUCGCCCUGGGGGAGUUGUUGAGGUUUUCGGUGCCAGAACGGAGAUACUGCUUCCUUACGACCACGUGCCUCCGCCGCCAUUAGAGCUGGUGCAGGCGUCGGAGAACCAGACAGACACGAAGGGCGGAGAGCAUUUGCCACCUGGUGUAGAUAAGAGUGUGGAGAGACUCUACUACAUGUACGGAGGAGGAGCAAAUGGAUUUCAGCCAUGCUGCACAUUCAUUCGGGAGAGUGACGACGAUUUCAUCCCCGCCACCGAUAUAGGGUUGGAGCGUGGACAGCGAGACGCUUCAGGCGGCGCGAGCGGAGUUGGCGGACGUGGCGUGAGUGGAGAUGCUUUAGGCAGGUCUAGUGGUGUACCCAGUGGUGGGUGCAAAGAGAGGGAGGUGACCGGGCUGGGCAGCGCAGACGACGACGACGACGACGACGGGCCGUUAGUGCUUCGCAGAGCGCAGUUGGCGCGACAGGGAGCCGCGCCUGCCGCCGAGGGUCUUAGGAGAUCUGCGAGGCUGCAGACGCUGGCGGGAUCGACUUCAGGUGGUAGACGCGAGGUGUCGGACCAUCCAUACGACAUCAGAGCAGAGGAGCGUUUGCCGAGCCAGCAUACACCCACCUCAGCACCUCGAGGCGACAGGGAACAGACGGAGCUGUGCACAAGCGACUUUCAGGGCCUUGGACCCGGAUUUGCGGGCAUCGGUGUUCGAGGAUGGGUAGACGGGCGAGAGAGAGUGGGGGAUGAGGUCGAGUAUCAUCCUAUGGAGGGUGGUGGAGCAGAGUCCACGGAGGAGCUCCAUGCCCAGAUGGAUCGAGAGGAGGAGCAGCGGCUGGAGCGGUUGCAGAGAGAGUGGGCGGGUAGAGAUGCGUACAUGGCGGAGCAGCAGUGUCUUAGGGACUUGGAGAGGGGUACUACAGUCCCUGAUGCAGGUGGGGUCGAGCAUAGCGUUCCCAUAGUCCUGCACCCGUUUGCAGCCAACGCAGCGACACCCGACACCCCAGUGCCCGAGACAUCGCCCCAGGGAGAUGUCGACUCCGGGUUUGCGAUGGGAGGAGACUUUGGUGCGUCUGAGUAUGGAGAUCCGACCGUGUCCAACGUCAUACUUGGACUGUGUGUGGCGGCCACGUUGCAGCCUGAUCCUCCAGCCACUCACGAGGCAGUUCCUAUGGACGGCGAUUCAAGCGAGUUGGAUGGAGGCCGCAGACCCGAUGCGGAGGGCGAUGAUGGGGCGAGUGAUCCCGACCGUCUUGCACCCGCACACAGUGCCGGUUCAGGUCGAUCGUCACACGGGCCGAUUGGGGGUGACACAUGUGGACCUGUACAGGGUGAUGCACAUGUGGACGAGGCCGGAGGCAGUAUAUCGUUGGCGUUGGUGUUGCGUGAUCCUUCACCCGUGGCGCACGAGGAUCCGUCACAUCCUGCGGAGGGUGGAGGUGGUGUUGAUGAGGAGGGGGAGGGUGGUACAACACAUGACCGUCCUAACCCCGUGAGAGCAGAUAUGGAGGAGGGGCAGAUUACACCGGGCCUACUUGACCCUUAUGCGUUGCACCGUGCGCUAGUGGAGGAUCCGAUUAGCAGGGGACCUGCAGGAUCUCUCGGCGUCGGAGUUCGCUCGCCCCCGCGUUACACACCUUUGAGCCCUCUGUAUUCUGGCUCUCCUGCGAGAUUGGAGCGCGAGCAGCAGCGUUCAGAGUCUAUCAGAGCAGCGGCUUCGGGUGCACGUACGACUCGCAUCCCCCCAGUUACACCUCCUCCACCGACUACGCUCCACGGUACUCCGACAACUGUCACGGGCAGUAUUGCCGAGAGAGGCCACAUGUCGUCGUCGUUGUGGCCUCGCCUAGACACAUAGCAGUCACGUCACCGUCCGUGGAGCACAGUCCGAUGAGUUGAUCAUGGUGUGAGGGGUGAUUUCGCGGCGCAACAGGCACGGUUGGGGGAGGAGCAGAGGCCGGCACUGAGUAUGCAGACUGCUUAUCAUAUUCUCGGACUGCCUAGAUUCGGCGCGCGUAGAGACCUACUUUUAGGUUCACGCAUGACCACGCCUGCAUUGUACACUUCCGAAGAGGACGGUGUGUCGGCGCCUCAUGGAGAGCGAUCUCACACCAGCAUUAACGAGAUAGAGUCUCGUAUUGCUAGGGACGAG